AUGGGGUGCGCUAGCAGUACGCCACUGACGGCGACCCAAGGACCGUCCCCCGAGGCACCCCCGUACGACCUGCGGGGCGGAGACCCGAGCUCGCUGGCGGGGGAUGACAGCGUCGCGGGGAAGGUACGGCAGACCGUGACGGGGAUGGCCGACGCGCUGCCCGUUCAGGAAAUGCUCGACGGAGUUACACAUGCUAAAGAUGAGGCGUUCCACAAGCUGCAAGAUUUUGGGGAGUCAGUUAAGGAUAAGGUGGAGUCGGUAGUGGAAGAUGUAGAAGACACAAUAGGCUCGGCUCUCGGAACAGUGAAAGAGAAGAAGGCGGAAGCAAUGAACGGUGCUCAGGAAGCAAUGAGCGAGGCGCAGGAAGAAAUGACCAAAGCAGCUGAAGAAGUGGAGGCGGCAGCAGAAGAGAAAGUAGAUGAAGCUAAGGAUGCUGUGGAUACAAUGGUAGAGGACUUGGAAGAGAGUUUACCUUUGCCAGAGGAAAAAGAAAAAGAAUCGGAAAAUAAGGAUUUUCAGAUGAACACAUCAAAAGGUUCAAGAGCGAGCACUGCAGAACUCUCGAGGAAAUCUGUUGAUGGAAUUGAAGAGAAACAAGAUACCGAUAAAGAGGUGAAAACCGAUGCAGACAGUUUGAAAUCCAAGGGAAGUUGUAAGGAUUUAGAAAAUGAAAGCAAAGAAGAAAAUGACACCAAGGAACAGAUUAGUCAAUCACCAAAAAACUCAUCAAUGAAGUCUGGAAAGUCUUCACCAGCAAAAUCUCCAACUGAAGACAAAGGAUUAGUCCUUCAAAUAGACCAAGCAGGGGAAGAUCCUAUUGUGGCUGACACAAGCACUCCAGUAGAAGCUGUACCAAUUGACAAGAAUGAGGUUCAAGAAGAAUCCAAAGAUGAAGAGGAAAAGGAAACAGAAGGAAAAGAGUUAUCUGUUGAACUUCCACCUGAAAAUAACGGAGGAAGCCCCUCUGAAGAACAUGGAACAUUGAGGCAAGAAUCUCAAAACCAUUCACCCCAACCACAAAAUGAUACACCAAGACCACCUUCGGAAGAAAUUCACGAGAGUGUUGAACCUCCUGUGGAGAAAACGACAAUCUCACCUCAGCAAAACCAACCUGAACUGGAACUGGACCGAACAAGUCCAAGUAGUCCAGACGGAAAGAACGAUUCAGCAAUUUCAUCUUCAUCAUUGAGCCCUGAACAAGAAAUGACUGAAACAGAAAUGGAAAGACAAGGGACUCCUGUUAUAGAGGUGGCAUAG